UGGACUACGUUUCCCAGAGUCCACAGCGGUUCACGUUACGUCUCUCGACGUCGUGGCGUGAUCCUUAGCUCCGCAGGGAUCCGGACGCGACCACGGGGAGGCAGAAGGAGGUUGCUUCUGUAAAGUAGGAGUGAUUUCUUUUUGGAGCAAAGAGGACAUCCUGGAAUGUGGAGAGAGGGUUGACAAGAGGCCUGUCCACAGGACUCUGUACUCGUCCAAGAGAAGAACCUAGAGAAAUCUGAGCAGGUCAGGGAGUUCUAAAAGCCAUGGCCCAGGGAUUGGUGACAUUCAGGGAUGUGGCCAUAGAGUUCUCUCAGGAAGAAUGGAAGUGCCUGGAACCUGCCCAGAGGGACUUGUACAGGGAUGUGACUUUGGAGAACUUUGGUAACUUGGUCUCAUUAGGACUUUCUGUUUCUAAGCCUGAUGUCAUCUCCUUAUUGGAGCAAAGGAAAGAACCCUGGAUGAUUGCAAAUGAUAUAACAGGACUAUGGUGUCCAGACUUGGAGUCCAGCUGUGAGAAAUUUCCACAAAAAGAUAUUUUUGAAGUAGAGUCAUUCAAUUGGGAGCUAAUGGAAAACCUUAAAUGCUGUGGUUUUAAGGACUCCAGUUUUAGAGAAGACUGGGAAUACAAAGACCAGUUUGAAGUAAAUCAGGACUGCUAUUUCAAGCAAGUGAAAAUCACGUAUGACGACAUACCUACUUUUGAGCAUCAGACAUCCCUCACUUUACAUCAGAGCAAUGAGACUGGCAAGAAACUGAUUGAAUGUAAUGAAUGUGGGAAAGCAUUUAGCCGUGGCUCACACCUUAUUCAACAUCAGAAAACUCACACUGGUGAAAAACCCUUUGAAUGUAAGGAAUGUGGGAAGGCCUUUAGUCGUGCCUCCCACCUUGUUCAACAUCAGAGAAUCCAUACAGGUGAGAAACCUUAUGACUGUAAGGAAUGUGGGAAGGCCUUUGGUCGUACUUCAGAACUUACUCUACAUCAGAGACUUCAUACUGGUGUCAAACCCUAUGAAUGUAAACAAUGUGGAAAGACCUUUAGACAGCAUUCACAACUUAUUCUGCAUCAAAGAACCCACACGGGUGAGAAACCCUACGUAUGUAAAGAUUGUGGGAAGGCUUUUAUUCGAGGCUCACAACUUACUGUUCAUCGGAGAAUUCAUACAGGUGCCAGACCCUAUCAGUGUAAAGAAUGUGGGAAGGCCUUUAGACAGCAUUCACAACUGACUGUACACCAGAGAAUUCAUACUGGCGAGAAACCCUAUGAAUGUAAGGAAUGUGGAAAGGGCUUUAUUCAUAGCUCAGAAGUUACUCGACAUCAAAGAAUUCACUCUGGAGAGAAACCCUAUGAAUGUAAGGAGUGCGGGAAGGCCUUCAGACAGCAUGCACAGCUUACUCGGCAUCAGAGAGUUCAUACCGGCGACAGACCCUAUGAGUGUAAGGACUGUGGGAAAGCCUUUAGUCGUAGUUCAUACCUUAUUCAACAUCAAAGAAUUCAUACAGGUGACAAACCCUAUGAAUGUAAGGAAUGUGGAAAAGCCUUUAUUCGUGUUUCACAACUGACUCAUCAUCAGCGAAUUCAUACUUGUGAGAAACCCUAUCAAUGUAGGGAAUGUGGAAUGGCCUUUAUUCGUAGUUCACAACUUACCGAACAUCAGAGAAUUCAUCCUGGUAUCAAACCUUAUGAAUGUAGAGAAUGUGGGCAGGCCUUUAUUCUUGGCUCACAGCUCAUUGAACACUACAGAAUCCACACUGGGUAGUAAGCCUUGAAUGUUAGGGAUAUAGGAAAGCCUUUACGUGGCGCGCACACCUGAUUCAAUAUUAGAUAAUGCCUAAUGUAGUGUAAUUAAUGUCAGAAAACCUUCAUUUGUCACUUCCAUUCUGGAACAUCAGACUCAUACCAGAAGAAAAUUUAAUAAAUGUGGGAGUUCUUUUUGCCUCAGACUCACUGUUUACUAUGCAUCAGAGAAGUUAUGGUGAAAAAAUAUUAUUAUGAAUGUAAAAAGUCUUCUGUUAACACUCAAAAUGUAUUAAACUUCUGAGACUUCCUAAUAGAAAAUAACCCUAUUAAAAUGUUUUGUGAAUGUGCCUUUGCCAUGGCAUGUACCUUACUUAAUAUUAUCUCAUUUCCACCAGUUACUGACUGUAUAGCAUUGGGCAAAUUAUGCAAUCUCUCUGUUCCUCAGUUUACUUAUUUUUAAGCAGUGAUACCUACCUAAUAGUUUUUGUGAGGACUGUCAGGUAUUUUAUAUAAUUGCAUAUGCUGAAUAAAUAUUAUCAUUAAUUAAUAACAGUAUUUCUGUUAAGGAGUUCAUUUGAGAGGAGAGCCUUGUGAAUGUAUCAAAUAUCAAAAAGCCUUUAUAACCACUUGUUAUGAUCAUUCAUUCUGAAAAACAGUAGUAAAGUAUAAUUACCAUGAGAAGUACUUUAUUCAAAAGGCUGGAUAUUAAAAUUAGUCCUGAGAGCCUAUGGCUACCCAUACAUAGGAGCCAAAUCAAUAAAGCAUUGUCCCCCUUGUCUUUUAACUAAAAAAAAAAAAAAA